AUGUCGGCAGCUUCCGAAGAGCAGCCGGAGCCUGUACUGCCCGAGCCUGUACUGCCUGAGCCGGCGCCUGCGGCGACUCUUCCGACACACCGGUAUCGGUGGUCAGCGGCUUUGUGCAGAUCGGAGACGCACAAAUUCGCGCGGGGAGUCUCCUUUAGGGACCUAGUGGAGGAGAACCAGGUGCUGAUGCAAGAAGGGGAGCUCAGACUCAAAGGAGGGUGCCAAGCUCUUCCGCCUGUGCACACGGAGCAGGUGCUCCUAACGAAGGCGGACUAUGCUCGGCCCUUUGCGGAGACGGUGCUGGCCGUGUGCGAGGUGGACACUUUGACGGCAGCGCUGCAGCUCAACGCCUGCGCACUGAACUUCGCCAACGCAGAGACGCCAGGAGGCGGCUACCUACAUGGCGCCAGGGCGCAGGAGGAGGACUUGUGCCGACUCCUGCCGCAGCUACACCCAUCGCUGGUGCAGGCUGACGUGCAGGGCCUCUACCCCAUCAAGCCGCAUGCGGCCCUCCUGACGCAGAAUUUGCUGGCAGUACGUCGGCCUGGCAGCUACGAGCUUUGCAGCUGUCUGGGUAGCUGUACCAUGGUCACCGCGGCCAUGCCAAAUCGAUAUCCUGCGCCAAACACUGCGGAGUGGCGGGACACUGUGGCCACGCGCAUUCGCGCAGUGCUGCACGCAGCGGCGGUGUCCGGGCACAGCAAGCUGGUGCUGGGUGCCUGGGGAUGUGGUGCCUUCGGCAACCCCCCGAAGCAGGUGGCGCAGCUCUUCAAGGAGCAGCUUGCCUCCCCGGACUUCCGCGGUGUCUUUGACACCAUCGCCUUCGCCAUCAUCGACCCCCGGGGCGAUGGUAACCUCCGGCCCUUCCGGGAAGUCUUGAUGACGUUGGCUGAGUAA